AUGGGCGAAGACGAGAAGGGCUUCUGCGGCCACAUUCGCCCCGGAGGAAACGAAGAAAACCGAGAUACCGGAGCCGCUCUGGACCCGGACAGAGAGAAGAAAUACGCAGAGCUGUUUAAGCAGCUGGACUUGAAUAAAGAUGGCAGAGUUGAUAUCAGUGAACUGAGGACCGGACUGGCAGCUCGUGGUUUGCACCGGGGAGAGGCGGAGGAGAUAGUCCUGGAGAGCGACAUCAACCACGAUGGUCUGCUGGACUUCCAGGAGUUCUCCCAGUACCUGCGGGUUCAUGAGAAGAGGCUGAAGCUCAUGUUCCACAAUCUGGACCGCAACAAUGAUGGUCGGAUUGAUGUUGGGGAGAUCCAGCACUCACUGCACCAGCUUGGUGUGGAGGUCACCAUGGAGCAGGCGUCCAGGAUACUGCAGAGUAUGGACAGGGAUGGCACUAUGACCAUUGACUGGAAUGAAUGGCGCGAUCACUUCCUGUUCAACCCUUUCCACAACAUGGAGGAGAUCGUCCACUACUGGAAACACUCCCAUAUGUUUGACAUUGGGGAACAGCUGACGGUACCAGACGAGUUCUCGGAGCAGGAGCGACGCUCAGGUCUGGUGUGGAGGCAGCUGGUUGCUGGAGCGAUGGCAGGGGCUGUGUCCCGGACAGGAACUGCUCCUCUGGACCGCCUGAAAGUCUUCCUGCAGGUACAUGGCUCUACAUCUUGGGGGAUUAAUCUGUGGUCUGGACUGAGGGGGAUGGUCCAGGAGGGAGGCGUCGUCUCACUCUGGAGGGGAAAUGGCAUCAAUGUCCUAAAGAUUGCCCCUGAAUCUGCCAUUAAGUUUAUGGCUUAUGAACAGAUCAAGUGGCUGAUCCGAGGAAGUAAAGAGGGCGGCAGUUUAAGGGUACAAGAGAGGUUCAUUGCUGGAUCUCUGGCAGGAGCUACUGCCCAGACCAUCAUCUACCCCAUGGAGGUGCUGAAGACUCGACUUACAUUAAGGAAGACGGGACAAUACUCGGGUGUAGCUGAUUGUGCCAGACAAAUCAUGAAGACGGAGGGAGUCCGGGCUUUCUACAGGGGCUACCUGCCAAAUACACUGGGCAUCAUCCCCUAUGCUGGCAUUGACUUGGCUGUGUAUGAGACUCUGAAGAACGCCUGGCUCCAGAAGUACUGUGUAGACUCAGCAGAUCCAGGAGUUUUGGUCCUGCUGGGCUGUGGUACCAUCUCCAGCACCUGCGGCCAGCUGGCAUCCUAUCCCCUCGCUCUCAUUCGGACACGUAUGCAGGCGCAAGCCCUGACUGAGGGUAAACCCAAGCUGACCAUGGUGGGCCAGUUCAAAUACAUCAUAUCCCAUGAAGGUGUACCGGGCCUGUAUCGUGGCAUCACCCCCAACUUCCUCAAAGUGGUUCCAGCUGUCAGCAUCUCCUACGUGGUGUACGAGCACAUGAAGAAAGUUCUCGGGGUGGGUUACUAGACUGACACGGAGCAGAGGGAUUCAUGACAAAAAGGGACAGAAAAUGCUUCAUUAUGCUUUUAAGAAGAAGGAUGAAGAAGGAGGAGGAGAAGUAAUGAUACAGCUCCUCAGACCGCAAUGAAAAAGAAAGGAAGUCUAGGGCGAGGAGAGGGUAAAAGAGCCAUUUGAGAUGGUACUGCUGUAUGCUUCCCCCUUCUGUUGACCCAGUCAGGUUCAAGCUUGUGUAGCUUGCGGGUAGUCUGCAGGUAGAUCAUAUUCAUUUGUGGAAUUGGGGUAAAGAGAAGAGGUGAAUGUGGCUCCCCCCUGAAAGAAUUAUGCCACAUACAUAUAAUACAAAAAAAAAGCGUCUUUACUUGGUUCAAAGCACAGUCAAACAAUAGAGACAUUUUAAGUACUAUGAAGUACUAGGACAGGUCAUAUGACUUUUGGAAUACCAGGGUAAAAAGUAGAACUACCCGUUACAAAGUUAUCUACCAGGAAUUUGUCCUUGCAUUUACCUGAUGGGCCAAAGCGGUGAAUUACCCGCUGACAUUACGCAGGGUUGCGGGAAAGUCAGACAACCUUGUUUUUGCUGGAGCCCUCUGGAUUAUUUUAUUGUGCAUGGAGUUUACCAGUCCAAAACUAAGCUACAUAAGCAAACCCACAAACUGUCACCAGCUUUUGAUUUUAAAUGUUGCUAAAUUCUAAUUGGUGCUCAGAAGUACAUGGCAUUGCACUUUCAACCAUGAGAAGAGCACAGGCGAAAACAUGCAGAGAAGUUGUCAUUUGAAGUGACCAAAAGAGUUGGCACUUUGGCAGAAAUGUUGUGUUAAUGUUGGAAUCCAUCAUUCAGAGUAGCAAGCUGAGAGAGAAAAUAAGUUUUCAGAGGCUUGAAGGCUGAGAGUAGCUUCUAACUGGCAGUUAUUUGGCAAACGUUUGAAACUUCCAAUGUCUCUUUAUUGAGAGGUUGCCACUGCUGCCUCUGUUUGUUUGGUUGGUGGGAGCAGCAAGGAGAGCUACCGCUGGGAAAACAGCUACUGACUGACUUUCUUUUUAAAUGGCCACCCACGGCUCACCAUGUAACCAUGGCAACCAGAGAAACCACACCAAGUGAAACGAGGCAGGAGCGAACUUUACUGGUUGAAGUUCCCUGAAGCAUACACCUCCACACAAGCAGACGUAUGAAUUGAUUUCAAUCAGGAGAGACAAAUCAAUGAAGUAAUGAUCAAUGUUUAUUAUAACCGAUGAUAUGUGAUCAUUAAGUCUUGGCAGAAAGUCUUUGGCUCUUAGACUCUACAGGGAGAUUUGUGUCCUGAGCAGCAUCGAGAUGAAUUCAAUUUCUAUUUUAUUGUAUUCAUAGUGUCACAUCAUAACAGGAGUUAUCUCAGGACACUUUACAGAUAGAGAAGGUCUAGACCACACUCUAUAACUUUCAAAGACACAACAAUUCCACCGAAGAGCAAGCAUUUGGUGUGACAGUGGCGAGGAAAAUCUUCCUUUAAACCGACAGAAACGUGGCUGGGUUGGCUCAGUUGGUAGAUCAGGUGCACUUAUAUAG